AUGGAGCCUGGAAACCAAACAGGCAUGUCCUACUUUUUCCUGAUGAGACUAGCCCAUGAUCUGACAAUGGAACCGCUCAUAUUUGGCCUCUUCCUGUUUACAUAUCUGGUCACAAUUUUGGGAAAUUUGCUCAUUAUUGUCGCCGUGAUUUCUGACUCCCAUUUACAGACACCCAUGUACCUCUUUCUCUCCAAACUUUCAUUUACUGACAUCUGCUUAAGUACAACCACUGUCCCAAAUAUGCUGAAGAACAUCCACACACAGGAUCAGAGCAUCAGUUACACAGGCUGCCUCACCCAGGCCUGCUUUGUUUUGAAUUUUGCUGUAUUAGAAAGCUGUAUCCUUGCUGCAAUGGCCUAUGAUCGCUAUGCAGCUAUUUGUCAUCCCUUGAAUUACACAGUAAUUAUGAAUCAGCACUUCUGUGGCAUACUAAUUCUAUUGUCCUUGAUCAUUAGCAUUGUGAACAGCUUAUUACAGUGUCUAAUGGUACUUCGGCUGUCAUUUUGCACAAACGUUGAACUUCCUCUAUUCUUCUGUGAACUUGCUCAGGUCAUCAAGCUUGCUUGUUCUGAUACUCUCAUCAAUUACAUCCUAAUAUAUCUUGCAACAUUUAUAUUUGGUGGCAUUCCAAUCUCUGGAAUCAUUUUUUCUUAUACUCGAAUUGUCUCUUCUGUUUUGAAAAUAUCUUCCCUGAGAGGAAGGUACAAAGCCUUUUCCACUUGCUGUUCUCACUUUUUAGUUGUGUCUUUAUUCUACGGUGCAGCAGUGGGGGUUUACAUCUGCUCUGCAAUUACUGUUUCACCUCAGAUAACUACAGUGUCGUAUAUGAUGUACACGCUGCUCCCUCAAAUGCUGAACCCUUUCAUCUACAGCCUAAGAAACAGGGACAUGAAAAAAGCCUUGGGGAAAAUUACCACAAAGCUAUCUUGUCUUCUGUAA